GACUGGGCACCAAACUGGUUAAUGGUCGUCUGAGUGACAGACUCUUCCGGCGUCCACGAAGCAGCGAUGUGGGGCUGAAGCAGUCCUCCAGCUUCAAAAUUCCCUAUGAAACCUUUACGUUGUGGUAUGCUAGGGACCGAGCUCCCAGGAAAGUAAGUGGACUUCGACGCAACGACGAAGUCAAAGCAAGCAGUCCUCUCAUUGGCUAAUUACAUUGGACAUGCCAAGAUACUGGAUUGCCAUUGGUUUACUUUGGUCGGUACGCUUCAUGGUUUUAGUGUGUAGUUUUUUAUGCUUUAUUGAGAGAGGCACAUAACCAUGUAUAGAACUACAAUUCCCGUCUCUUCAAGCCCAUACAACGCUGCCUAACAAUUGCAGAAGGUCACACGCGUGCUUUUGAACAGUGGGCCGAAAAAUUGAGAUAGUAAAUUAUUGCUAGUAGGUAGAAACAUUACGCAUUUUUUCAGUUAACUGCUACCGUAUUUGUGCAAUUCCAAUGCGAAAUACACACGAACAAUGUGGCGUUUGUUUACAUAGGAGCGUUGGACCCUGGCGUUUCGUUUCAGUUUAGCUAACUUAGUUCACUUGACAUACCGUUUAUAUAUAAUUGGUAAGAUGUUUAGAAGUUUUGCAAGCCUCGAUAAUCGGCUUAGAAAUGCUCUGUUACUCUGUAAAAUGCAACGGAAUCGUCAGCCCUUCAAACAUGCAUUUAAAUAUUCAACAUCAGCUGCAACAGAAAGAAAACGAUUUUAUCAGGACGUCAGUAUUGCCCAAGGUGAAGGAGGUUUAUAUGAGAUCAACUUAGACCGGAGGAAGCUGAAAACCCCUGGAGGGAAGCUUUUCACAGUGCCAAAUGAAGCCCUCGCCAUCGCUGUGGCAACUGAAUGGGAUGCUCAAAAGGACACACUCAAGUUCUAUACAAUGCACUUGACUACACUUUGCAACACUGCCUUGGACAAUCCUACACAACGCAACGAGGACCAAAUGAUUAGUGCUGCUUUAAAGUUUCUGGAGACUGACACUGUUUGUUACAGAGUAGAUGAGCCUUAUGGUCUGGUUGAACUGCAGAAGAAUGAGUGGGAUCCUGUACUGCACUGGAUCGAAGACAGAUAUAACGUCGUCAUCGGUUCCUCCUCUAGUAUUAUGGGCCCUGAGAUCCCUGAGGCGACCAAAGACACGUUCCGCCAGCAUCUCAAAUCUUACAAUUUUUGGUCACUGACAGGAUUUGAGUACGUGAUCACCCAGUUGAAGUCUGUUGUGUUGUCAUUUGGAAUGAUUGACAGACAUUUAAGUGUAGAGCAGGCUGUGCUGUUGUCGAGGCUGGAGGAAGAGUACCAGAUUCAGCGCUGGGGAAAUGUGGAGUGGGCCCACGACUACGACAUGUAUGAGCUGAGGGCACGCACCGCUGCGGGCGCCCUCUUUGUGCACCUGUCCUCUGAGAGUUCAACCAUCAAACACAAACUGUUGCAGGACUGAAGUGAUGAGCAUAAAUGUGUCAAAUGUCAAGCCAAAGUGACACCCCUGCAUGACUCCGAUAUAGACUAUUUAUUGAUUGUCUUUGUGUCUUUUAUCUAAUGUCAUCAAAACACAAACUUUUUUUAUGUGUUUAGGCAACUGCUGCCAAGUGUGAGUAUCCAGUUGGUUCUCGGUCAUUUGGGGCCUUCAGGACACAAAGUGAAUGGAUGCUAAUUGUGGUUACAUUACAUUACAGGACAGUUUACUUUGUCUGCUUCUUUGUUUCUGAUUCAAUUUGUUAUAUGUAUAUCCUCACCUCACACCUGCUAUGUAUGAACGCUCCACAAACUUGGUUCAUCUUGAUUAAAUACUGUAAA